AUGGCGUCGUCGAGCGCGGCUGCUACUACUAGCGAUGGCAACCAGGGCCUCAAGGCUCGAGAUGUCUGCAUCGUCGGCGUCGCCCGCACGCCCAUCGGCGCCCUCCUCGGGUCGCUCUCGUCCCUCCCGGCCACCAAGCUCGGCUCCAUCGCCAUCCAGGGUGCUCUCGAGAGGGCGAAGGUCGACCCGGCGCUCGUGCAGGAGGUGUUCAUGGGCAACGUCCUCAGCGCCAACCUCGGCCAGGCCCCGGCAAGGCAGGCGGCCCUUGGCGCCGGCUUGCCCUACUCCGUCCCCUGCACCACCGUCAACAAAGUUUGCUCCUCAGGAAUGAAGGCUGUCAUGUUUGCGGCGCAAAGUAUUCAGCUGGGGAUCAACGAUGUCGUGGUCGCAGGUGGCAUGGAGAGCAUGUCGAAUGCCCCAAAAUAUGUGGCUGAAGCAAGACGUGGAUCACGGUUCGGACAUGAUGUCCUGGUUGACGGGAUGCUCAAGGAUGGCCUGUGGGAUGUCUAUAACGAUUUUCCAAUGGGAAUGUGUGCUGAACUGUGUUCAGACCAGCACUCAAUCUCAAGGGAGGAGCAGGAUUCUUAUGCUAUCCUCAGCAAUGAACGUGGAAUAGCAGCUCGGGACAGCGGUGCAUUUUCUUGGGAGAUUAUUCCUGUUGAAAUUUCUUCUGGUAGAGGGAAACCACCAGUAGUUGUGGACAAGGAUGAGAGUCUUGCAAAGCUGAAGAAACUUGGGCCAACUUUUAAGAUGAAUGGUUCUGUGACGGCUGGCAAUUCUUCUAGUAUAAGUGAUGGCGCUGCUGCAAUUGUCCUUGUCAGUGGAGAGAAAGCCAAGAAUCUUGGCCUUAAAGUUAUUGCAAGGAUUAGAGGGUAUGCUGAUGCUGCACAGGUUGUUGCUGUAGCUAAUCAGAGGCUUCUUGGUAUCCCUUCUGGAAAGCUAAACUUAAGUGGUGGUGCUGUUUCUCUGGGCCAUCCUUUCGGCUGCAGUGGUGCACGGAUUAUAGUCACUCUGCUUGGGAUUCUUAGGCAGAAAAAUGGAAAAUUUGGUGUUGCUGGAGUUUGCAAUGGUGGCGGUGGCGCUUCAGCCCUCGUUUUGGAGCUCAUGGGGGAUUAG